AUGGUCAAUUGUUCUAAAAAUACAGCAUCAAACAUCACAAAAGAAACGGCAACUAAUAGGCUCGACUUUCCAUUUGUGAUAAAUCAUAGAAGAAAGUGUGAUCGAAAGAUGGCGCUCUUAAAUCCAGUUGUAAUAAUGUUUGUGGUUCACGCUCUGACCACAGCCUCAGGCAAAUUGAUGACUCCACCAACAACGACAGGAGCAAGUCAAUCACCUGUAUCAGAUUCCCCUUGCAAUACUGGUAUUUCCAUUCCCUGGAACGGUGGUUAUCAGUGCAUUUGUCCACCAAACAAACAAGGCAAAAACUGCAGUGAAGAUGUUCCUAAUGCUGGUAAUUGUACAUGGCCUGGGAAUGAGAACGCAUGUUCCUCAGCUCCAUGUCAUGGAGAGGCAGCCGUGUGUAUAAACACAUUCGGCGGGAAUUUUAAAUGCUUAUGCCCAGCCGGGACACAUGGCGGUCGUUGUAGUCGAGGGGAGUAUUGCUUUUUCUGCUCAAGUAAAAGAUGGAGGAACGUAACAUGUACUGUGUUCGACAAAAAGCCAUUCUUGGCAUCCAUGUCUAUGGAAGACGUAACACUUAAGACUCAGGUAUCAAGAACACGAUGCACGAUGAUUGACAAAUGGGACUUCGAUUACAGCACAGGGACCCUGUGGGUAGCUAAAGGUUGUAGAGGCGAGUUUUGUGUGCACUUUCAAGAAUCUGAAUCAACAACACCGGGAACUCCAGCUACACCAGGUACAUCAGCUACACCAGGUACAUCAGCUACACCAGCGACAUCAGCUACACCAGCUACACCGGUUACAUCAGCUACACCAGAUACAUCAGCUACACCAGUAACAUCGGCUUCACCUACAGGUACUACAGAACGACAAGGGAAUACAGCCUGUAUUACUGGCAUUAAUGGCAAGGUAGAGAUUGAAACAACAGAAGACACAGUUGAAGCCCAAUGUAUCAAUGGCUCGUUGGUGAUCGCCAACAGGUUUGAUGGUUCGGUCGAUUUCAAUAGAAAUUGGACUGAUUACAAAAGUGGAUUUGGUCAUGUAGACGGAGAAUACUUCUUAGGCCUCAAUAAUAUCAGAUCCAUUGUAACUAAGGGGAAUUACACACUUCGUAUUGAGCUAACUACUUGGCCAGAUCAAGGUAGUGUUACCAAAUAUGCGGAGUAUGAUCAUUUCAGCAUAGGACCAGAGGAUGAUAACUUUAGACUUAGUAUUGGAACUUAUUCAGGAACCGCAGGUCAUGGCUUGAGAUACGAUAAUGGUGGUCAGUUUUCUACGAGAGAUAAAGAUAAUGAUGUUAAUGGUUUCAUAUCGUGUGCCAAAGGGAGGUCGGGGGCAUGGUGGUUCUCAGACUGCUCAAUAACUAAUAUAUUCGGACCUUAUAUGCCAUCAUCCAGAUGCGUUGAGAGAUUUAAAUGCAUAGUUUGGCAGAACUGGCCAACAUCGAUUGGUGAGCCAGAUAAUUCGUACUACUCAUUUAAAGAAAUUAGGAUGAUGAUGAGAUUAGUUUAAUAUUAAUCAAAGAUUAAACAACCCAAAGCUUGCAUAAUAUGGGACCUUUCUCGGGAAGAGACCUGACUAUUGUAUUUUUUAUCAUGGCAAAAACAGUUGUUCACACAUUUUUCUAUAUUAUAUUUUGAAAACCUUGAAUGUGAUAUAUUGAAUAAAAGUAAAACUUUC